AUGCCUCGGCUUCCACUCCCCCCGCUCGGGGCCUCGAUCGCGCUCGGCGCUGUGAGCGUUUUGCUUGCUGUUCCUCACGUCUACCAACUCGUUAAGGAUUUCCGACGUAAUGGAGGAUACAUUCGACUUGAAAAUGACAAUAGCGAUGAGACGAUUACCAGUUCAAAACCCCCACGGUCGAUCUGGCAGCGCGUCACUCUUGUUUUCGUCGCCGCUAUAGCCACCGUUGCCGCUUUACUAUCGUGGAUCACGGCAGGUUCAGAACGAACAGAUAUCACGAAUUUCGUCAUCUUCGCAUCAUGGGUACUUGUAUUUAUUGAAGAAAGUAUCCUCGCGACACGGAAGCGCUCAGAAGAUCGAUACCGCCUCGGCUGCUACAGCGCAUGGUCGAACCUCUCAAUAGGCGCCUACAUCGCCCUUCCAUACGCUCGGGCCCUCUACAACAACGGCUCCCUCACAUUCAUACAAGACGAUGCAUUCCCCAUAAUCCAACUGAUCGCAGUAGUUAUCCUCUUCCUAACGAACCUCUCCCUCCCCUACGGCCCCACCCUCUACCGCAACAACCACCCCAUCGACGCCGAGGGCUCCGUCUCCGUUCUGACCCGGUAUACAUUCGCUUGGGCCUUCAAGACGCUCGCCCUCGCAACGCGAAACAACCGCCUCGAACUCUCCGACCUCCCUCUUAUCCCUUCACCCCUCCGCGCAAAGACCCUCUGCGAGACAUUCUACGCGCGCGACGCGACCUCGGUCGCCUGGCGCAAAUGGUUCCGGAUGUACUGGCGGAGUUUCACAACGCAGCUGGUGAUUCAGUUGUUUGCGAAUGCUGUGCAUUUUCUUCCUAAUCUUCUGCUUCUGACGAUCCUGCGGUUGUUUGAGGAGCGCGAUGCCGGCGGCCAUGUACAGCUCAAGUUGUGGUUGACGGCUGCCGCCCUUGGAGGAGCCAUGAUGGCCGUCUCGUGGUUAACCUCGUUACGCGAUUUCGUCGCGGACCUGCUUAUUUCGAUUCCCGUCAACGAGCAGCUUUUCGCGGUUAUUUCGCGCAAGGCGUUGGCGUUGAAAGAUGUAGUUGUUCCUGCGAAAUCCACCGGAGACUCAUCUUCCUCCUCUGAUGACGACGACAGUGACGAUGACGACGACAGUGACGAUGAAGACACAGAAGAUGGUGAAAGCAACGAAGUCCCGCGAACAAAACACUCAAUCCUCAACCUCCUGGGCGUCGACGCAAUGCGGAUCUCCGAUUUCGACGGCUACAGCCACCUGCUGUUGGACUGCGUGCUGGAAUUCGGGGUCACAAUCGCCUUCCUCCUCUACCUGAUGGGCUGGAAGCCGACGCUGGGCGGGUGUCUGAUCCCGCUCCUCCUCACGCCCCUGUACUACACCAUCACGAAGAAAUAUAGCGCAAAGGAACAGACGCUCAUGAGCAACCGCGACGAGAAAUCAGCCUCACUUACUGAAAUGGUUCGCGGCAUGCGGCAGGUCAAGUUUAGUGCUCUCGAAUCGGAGUGGGCAGCCAAGAUCCUCAAGUUGCGGAACAAAGAGCUAAAGUCGCAGGCGGAGGUGUUUCGGCUGAAUAUCUACCUAACGGGAAUCUGGACGCUGGGACCGAUUUGUAUGAGUUUCCUGGCGAUUGCGGGUUAUAUCUACUUUAAUGGUUCGAUUUCAGCGUCGACGGCGUUUACGGCGUUGUCGCUUUUUGAGAAUUUGCAGACUUCUUUGAGUCUGCUGCCGGAGGUUAUCACUGACCUGCUGGAUACGUUUGUCAGUCUGGGACGUAUUUCGCGGUUCCUGGGGCUUGAAGAGCAUCUUGAUGGUCGCAUCUCGGGGGAGCAGAUUGCGCUGCGGGGUGCGACGAUUACUUGGCCGUCGAGUUCAGCAGACGAGAAGAAAGAGGAGAACGAGAGCGAGAACGAGACGGGGACCACAUUCCAGCUCCGCGACUUGAACCUCGAUAUCCCCCUGCAGGAACUCAGCGUCAUAUCCGGGCGAAGCGGAUGCGGCAAAUCACUCCUCCUUCAAGCGCUUAUCGGCGAGGCAGAUAUCGUCAGCGGCACAGUCACGGUGCCUCGAGCAGAUUCCAUCCCGACCUCCGUCCCCAGCGACGACGACUGGCUGAUCGACGGAGCUAUCGCAUAUGUCUCACAGGACCCCUGGAUCGAGAACGCCAGCAUCCGUGACGCAAUCCUCUUCGGUCUACCCCUGAACCACGCACGCUACGACGAAGUUAUCCACGCGUGUGCUCUGGUACAAGAUCUAAAGAUUUUCCCCGACGGGGACAAAACAGAUAUCGGCGCCAACGGGAUUAACCUGAGUGGUGGACAGAAGUGGCGACUUGCUUUGGCAAGGGCGCUCUACAGCCGCGCGAGUAUCCUUGUUCUCGACGAUAUCUUCAGUGCGGUUGACGCCCAUGUUGGUCGGCACCUGUACGAGAAUGCGCUUACGGGGAAGUUGAGCGAGGGAAGGACGAGGAUUCUGGCAACGCACCAUGUCAAGCUUUGUCUGGAUAGUGUGGCGUAUCAUAUUGAGCUGGAGAACGGGGGUGUUGUUCGUGCUCGUCGGCCUACGGGCGUAUCCUCGGAGGAAGUGUCUCGGGCUGACGAUCGGUCGGAAACGUCGAUCGAGAGCACCAGUCAAGAGAUACAGGUCAAGCCGAUGAAACGUCGCGAUUCAAUCAAGGCGAGCAAGUUCUACGAAGAGGAGAAGCGCGAGACUGGCGUCGUCAAGGCGGCCGUGUACAAAGCGUACAUUCAAGCCUCUGGCGGCAAUCUCCACUGGAUUCUGAUUGCCCUGUUCUUCGUGGCGGAUUUGAUUCUCAGUCUUUCCGCUCCAUACUGGGUCUCUGUGUGGACGAGGUCAUAUGAGCAGAGCACUGUCGAUUCACUCCUUGUUCAGGAUGCGGAUCAGCUCCUGCAACUUAGCACGAGAUCACGCAUUGACAAGCGCCUCGUCUACUAUGGCGCCAUCUACCUUGCAAUCUCGCUAUCUUCCUGGAUCAUGAUCGUGAUCCGCAUGAAGGUAGUGCUGAGCGGCUCGAUCCGAGCUUCCAAGGUCAUGUUUGAGCAGUUCACCGACGCAAUCCUGCGAUCCCCUCUCCGAUUCCUGGAUACAACCCCCGUCGGUCAGAUCCUGAACCGCUUCACAUCCGACUUUGGCGUCCUCGACUCGGACCUCUCCCUGACAAUGGCCUUUGCCAUAUACGACCUAGUAGCCAUUUCCGGUGUUGUCAUUGCCGCCAUCCUAAGCUCCCCUCUCGUCGUCGGACUCGGCGUAUUAUCACUCUUGGGGUCCUGGACAGUCGCCCACUUUUACGCAACCGCCGCACGCGAGGCAAAGCGCCUCGAGAGUACAGCUAAGUCGCCGAUCUUCGACCUCGUCGGUUCGCUGCUUACGGGUCUUCCUACCAUCCGUGCAUUUGGAAGGGAGCAGGCGUAUCUCUCCCGGAUGUAUGAUCUGAUCGACACGCACUGCCAGGCGUUCUGGCAUAGACGGCUCUUCAGAUGCUGGAUGGCAUUUUGGCUCGCUAUGGUGGGCGCGUUGUUCGUCACCUCGGUGACCAUGAUCUUCGUCAGCAUCCGCACCCUCGACGCACCCCUCGCCGGCUUCGCACUCAGCUUCGCACUGCACAUGUCCGACAGCAUCUCCUACCUUCUUAUGGAAUACGCACAGCUCGAGAUCGAGUUCAACGCGACGGAACGUAUCGUCGAAUACAUGAAGCUCGAAAAGGAGCCGCAGUCUGGUAUCGAUGUCCCCGCUGCUUGGCCGACAAAGGGGGAGCUCGAGGUCACUGAUCUGACAGUCGCUUAUGCACCGGAUCUCCCUCCUGUUCUGCGCGAGUUGACCUUUACCCUCAGGCAGGGCGAACGCGUCGGCGUUGUUGGUCGGACGGGGGCGGGCAAGUCGUCUCUGGCCAUGACGCUCCUGCGAUGUCUUGAAAUCCGCUCGGGGAGCAUUCACAUUGAUGGGAUCGACGUGUCGACGGUGAAAUUGCAAGAUCUGCGUUCACGCGUCGGGAUGAUCUCACAGGAUCCCAUCGUCUUCGCGGGUACAGUCCGCGAAGUCCUUGAUCCAUUCAAUCAGCAUGAGGACAGCGAACUCGUCGACGCACUGGAAAAAGUCGCACUCACAGCCCCCAACCAAUCUACAUCCACAUCCACAUCCACACCCACCUCACCACCAACACCAUCGCCAUCACAAGCCAACACCCCCGAAACCAACCCGAACCCAAAUUCACCAGCUCUAAUCCCCCUAACAUUCCCGAUCGCCGAAUCCGGCCGAAACCUCUCGCAAGGCCAACGCCAACUCCUCUGCCUCGCCCGCGCACUCGUCUCACGCCCAAAGAUCUUGAUAAUGGACGAAGCGACGGCGAGCAUCGAUAUGGAGUCUGAUAUGCGGAUCCAGCGCGUGCUCCGGGAGCAAAUUCGGGGGUCUUGCACAUUACUUGUCAUUGCGCAUCGGUUGUCGACUAUCGCGGAUUUUGACAAGGUUCUUGUGCUGGAUCAGGGGCGGGCGGUUGAGAUUGGUUCGCCGCGCGAGCUUAUGCACAUUGAGGACGGGGUGUUUUGCGGCAUGGUGGAGGGGAGUGGGGAGAGGGGAGUGAUUCGGGAGAUGAUUUUUGGUGAAGAGAGUAGCCGGAUCUAA